AUGGAAUUUCUCAACGUCUAUUUGGGAGACAACCUGCAGCCCCAGCCAAGAGUAUGGCUGCAGGAAACGUGCAGCCAUCCAGACCCUCCUGAACCUUGUAGGAAACAAAUCUGGGUCUUUGACCCUCCUGAAUCCACCAAGCAAGAUGCUCCUCUCCAAGGCUCUGGUGUGGAGCCUACAUUCCUGGAAGACUGCUCUCCCCAGGGGGAGAACAGGCAGAGAGCAGCAUCACCAGGAUGGCCUGGGGACAGUCGUCCUCUGGGGAGCCCACAGCAGAACCAGAGCUCAUCUGCACAGGUGGCGUUCUGGGCGGGCAUCCUGCAGGCCCAGAUGUGCGUCCUUGACCUGGAGGAGGAGCUGGAGAAGACGGAAGGGCUCAGGGCUGGGCUGAGAUGUUGUCUCCCUACAGUCCCUGCAGACCUCCCUGGAGAUGCGGGCCUGCACCCCAGUCCACCCAUGGAGGACUCAGGGGAAGACAGCAGCGGGCCUGAGGGGGAGAACCAGGCGUGGCCAAGGGAGGGAACACCAGGCUCUUCCCUGGAGUGGGGUGCCGAGGAGGAGAGUGUGUUCUUCAACAACCCCCUCUUCCUGGAGAGCCCUUGCUCAGAGGCCACUGCUUCCAGAGACUGCCUUUACUGGGGGAUUCCAGACUCCCAGAAAGAUGUGAAGACAGAAUCCGAAAGCCCGCGGACCCUGGAGCCUCCACUCCCAGGAGGCACAGUGCUGUGGGAGCUGGGAAGUGAGCCAGAUUUGGGGGACCACAUCACUGAUUCCAGUGGACAGAACACCCCUCCAUUCCCCGUGCCCACCUACAAACCACAUUCCUUCUGCUGGACCUCAGCGGAUGUCAGCGAGGGGGCUCCCGCAGCACCUCCUGGCCAGGGGGAGGAUGAGGCUCCACCCAGCCCCAAGCGCUGGCAGACAGAAGAGGGUUCUUCCUGGCCCCAGGUGCUCCUUAUGUCCCAGGACAGAGGUGAGAGCGAUGCUGGGUGUCCCCAGGAAUUUGCUCCCCACACCUUGGUCCCCGGCCCCUGGGGGAGCCCAGCUUCUUCGCCAGAGCCUAGCAGCCCAGAGUCUGAGAGCAGAGGCCCUGGUCCCAGGCCCAGCCCUGUGUCCUCCCAGGAGGGCAGCCCGCAGCUCCGGCGCCACAGCUCGGGCAUUUUUCCCAAGUGGACACUAGAUGCUUUACACUCUUCACUCUUGGAGAUGGAUGGGACAGAGCCAAGUUCCCUAGAGAAAGAGGAGGCGGGAGAGGCCCCAAACCCAGGGGACGAAGUAAAGCACGAAGGCACAUCUCUUGGGUGUUGCCUGGGCCUGUUUACCCUCGUCAUAACCAACCUGAAUGGCCUGCGGGACGGCGGGAACUUCCCCAAGGAGCUGCUGAAGGCCCUCUACUGGUCUAUCCGAAGUGAGAAGCUCGAGUGGGCCGUGGAUGAAGUAGACGCAGCCAGACCUGAGAAGGCCCGGCCCUCUCCCGCAGCUGGCAAGAUGAGCAACCCCUUCCUUCAGCUGGCUCAGGACCCCAUGGUGCCCACCUACAAGCAAGGCAUUCUGGCUCGGAAGAUGCAUCAGGAUGCAGAUGGCAAGAAGACGCCGUGGGGCAAGCGUGGCUGGAAGAUGUUCCACACCUUACUGCGAGGGAUGGUUCUCUACUUCCUGAAGGGAGAGGACCACUGCCCAGAGGGAGAGAGUUUGGUGGGGCAGAUGGUGGAUGAGCCCGUGGGGGUACACCACUCCCUGGCCACCCCGGCCACCCAUUACACCAAGAAGCCACACGUCUUCCAGCUGCGGACUGCCGACUGGCGCCUCUACCUCUUCCAGGCACCCACUGCCAAGGAGAUGAGUUCGUGGAUCGCGCGCAUCAACCUGGCGGCCGCCACGCACUCGGCGCCGCCCUUCCCCGCCGCCGUGGGCUCCCAGCGCCGAUUCGUGCGGCCCAUCCUGCCCGUGAGCCUGGCCCAGAGCUCCCUGGAGGAGCAGCAUCGAUCCCACGAGAACUGCCUGGACGCUGCCUCCGACGACCUGCUGGAUCUGCAGAGGAGCUUACCGGAGCGGCGGGGCCGCAGCCGCGAGCUGGAGGAGUACCGCUUGCGGAAGGAGUACCUGGAGCACGAGAAAACCCGCUACGAGACAUAUGUGCACCUGCUGGUGGCCCGUCUGCACUGCCCCUCUGGCGACCUGGCCCUGUGGGAGGAGCAGCUGGGGAGGGAAGAUGGAGGUGCUCAGGAGCCCAAGCCCAGCCUGAAGAAGUCCCACUCAAGCCCAUCCCUGCAUCAGGAUGAGGCCCCCACCACGGCCAAGGUGAAGCGCAACAUCUCAGAGCGUAGAACCUACCGGAAGAUAAUCCCCAAGCGGAACCGCAAUCAGCUAUGAAACCAGCACCACCUCACAGACACUGGCUCCUGCUCUGGGGUAGACCUGAGGUGAAAGCCUGCAGAGGAGCCUUAUUUCAAUGGGACAGUGACAAGGGAUGAGGCACCAUCCCUUCCCUGCUGAAGGACAACCCUCGCUCCUCUGUGGCCUCAUUCCCCUGUGGCCUCAUUCCCCUGCUCAUUGGAGCUUUCCUGAUACUGCUGCCCCUGCCCCCACCCCCACGGUGGUCCUUCAGCUGCCCCUGUCUCUGGCCACUCCCGAGGGAAGAGGGAGGUCGAAGACGUGGCUUUACUCCCAUAGCCAGGCCCAUGUCACCCUCCA